AUGUCUAAUUUUUUCAAUAAACUGAGCAACUUCUUUGGUAUAAAAAAGAAAUCUGUAAAAGUUAUAAUGAUAGGUUUGAAUAAUAGUGGCAAGUCUACCAUUGUUAGUUUGUUAAAAAAUGACAGUGAAAAAUCGCCAGAAAUAAUUCCUACGAUUGGGUUGAAUGUGGAACAUUUUAAAUAUCAAAAUGUAUUUUUUACUGCCUUUGAUAUGUCUGGACAAGGAAGAUACCGUUACCUAUGGGAAAGAUAUUAUCGCAAUUGUGAUGGAAUAAUAUUUGUUGUAGACAGCAGUGAUCGCUUAAGACUUGCAGUAGCAAAAGAAGAGCUAUAUUUACUCCUUCAACAUCCUGAUGUAGCUGGGCGAAAGUUACCAAUAUUGUUUUUAGCAAAUAAGAUGGAUGUUCGUGAAGCUUUGUCAAGUGUAAAAAUAGCAACAGCAUUUGGGCUUGAUCGAAUCAAGGAUAAACCAUGGCACAUAUUUUCAACUAAUGCAUUGACUGGAGAAGGCUUGCAAGAAGGUGUAGAAUGGUUGACUGAACAACUUUGCCAAACUGUAGCUUAA